AAAAACAGUCACCCUUGGUCUAUAUUUUUCAAUCGCUCUUUACCCUCGAUUCCAACUCUUUAGCCUCUCCCUUAUCCACAAUUCACAAUGCAGCUUACCCUUCUCGCAUCCCUUGCUGUCCUUUGCGGCGCUACUUUCGCUGCACCCGUUGAGCAACGCGAUGGAUUGGUUGACGUCAUUGCCUAUGUAGAGAAUGUCUUGAACGACGCAGACGUCAAUGUUCUCACCCGGGAUGGCUCUUUGGCUAACGUCAUUGUCGAUGUCCAGGACGAUUUGGACAAUCUUGACGUUAACGUCCUCACCCGGGAUGGCUCUUUGGCUAACGUCAUCGUCGAUGUCCAGGACGAUUUGGACAAUCUUGACGUUAACAUCCUCACCAAAAAACAAACUUUGGCUGAAGUCAUCGUUGACAUCCAGGACGAUUUGAACAAUCUUGACGUAAACGUUCUCACCAAACGACAAGAUUUGGCUGAUGUCAUCGUUGCCGUCACCAACGAUUUGAAUAAUCUUGAUGUUAACGUCCUCACCAAACGAGAUGAUGGUUUGAUCGACGUUAUAGCCUAUGUUGAAAAUGUUCUCAACGAUGCCGACAUCACUGUGGCUUAGCCAGCAUCAUCACAUCAUGAGGGUCUCUGGUCGUGGAUAUUUGCUUCUGCUCCAUCACAUCUGUACAGUAUACCCCCAUUAUGAAGUACACUCUUUUCAGACCUUGGCGGCUGUUCGGCGGGAUCCAUACAUUACGUAGGGGCUCAUAUGAAUGAGCAAUAUAACCGUCAUAGGUCGUUCUCUUGUGCGAUACAUUGAACUAUAUACGACCAAUUAUUUUGUAUCUGGCAGGUGCGCUUGUGAAAUUUACCUGAGAUAGCGAAGUAGAAGUUCCAGCGUAGGCGAACACGAUAACAUUGUGAGUCAUGAUGGUUCCUCAGUGUUGUAU